AGAGCCGGCCCCCCAACAUCGUGACAAGACUCUCUAACAGUGAGAGCCAUCUAGAGAGCCGGCCCUUCAACAUCGUGACAAGACUCUCUAACAGUGAGAGCCAUCUAGAGAGCCGGCCCUUCAACAUCGUGACAAGACUCUCUAACAGUGAGAGCCAUCUAGAGAGCCGACCCUUCAACAUCGUGACAAGACUCUCUAACAGUGAGAGCCAUCUAGAGAGCCGGCCCUUCAACAUUGUGACAAGACUCUCUAACAGUGAGAGCCAUCUAGAGAGCCAUCUAGAGAGCCGGCCCUUCAACAUCGUGACAAGACUCUCUAACAGUGAGAGCCAUCUAGAGAGCCGGCCCUUCAACAUCAUGACAAGACUCUCUAACAGUGAGAGCCAUCUAGAGAGCCGGCCCUUUAACAUCGUGACAAGACUCUCUAACAGUGAGAGCCAUCCAGAGAGCCAUCUAGAGAGCAGGCCCUUCAACAUCGUGACAAGACUCUCUAACAGUGAGAGCCAUCUAGAGAGCCGACCCUUCAACAUCGUGACAAGACUCUCUAACAAGAGCCGGCCCUUCAACAUCGUGACCAGACUCUCUAACAGUGAGAGCCAUCUAGAGAGCCGACCCUUCAACAUCGUGACAAGACUCUCUAACAGUGAGAGCCAUCUAGAGAGCCGGCCCUUCAACAUCGUGACAAGACUCUCUAACAGUGAGAGCCAUCUAGAGAGCCGACCCUUCAACAUCGUGUCAAGACUCUCUAACAGUGAGAGCCAUCUAGAGAGCCAUCUAGAGAGCCGGCCCUUCAACAUCGUGACAAGACUCUCUAACAGUGAGAGCCAUCUAGAGAGCCGGCCCUUCAACAUCAUGACAAGACUCUCUAACAGUGAGAGCCAUCUAGAGAGCCGGCCCUUUAACAUCGUGACAAGACUCUCUAACAGUGAGAGCCAUCCAGAGAGCCAUCUAGAGAGCCGGCCCUUCAACAUCGUGACAAGACUCUCUAACAGUGAGAGCCAUCUAGAGAGCCGACCCUUCAACAUCGUGACAAGACUCUCUAACAGUGAGAGCCAUACAGAGAGCCAUCUAGAGAGCCGGCCCUCCAACAUCGUGACAAGACUCUCUAACAGUGAGAGCCAUCUAGAGAGCCGGCCCUUCAACAUCGUGACCAGACUCUCUAACAGUGAGAGCCAUCUAGAGAGCCGACCCUUCAACAUCGUGACAAGACUCUCUAACAGUGAGAGCCAUCUAGAGAGCCGGCCCUUCAACAUCGUGACAAGACUCUCUAACAGUGAGAGCCAUCUAGAGAGCCGACCCUUCAACAUCGUGUCAAGACUCUCUAACAGUGAGAGCCAUCUAGAGAGCCAUCUAGAGAGCCGGCCCUUCAACAUCGUGACAAGACUCUCUAACAGUGAGAGCCAUCUAGAGAGCCGGCCCUUCAACAUCAUGACAAGACUCUCUAACAGUGAGAGCCAUCUAGAGAGCCGGCCCUUUAACAUCGUGACAAGACUCUCUAACAGUGAGAGCCAUCCAGAGAGCCAUCUAGAGAGCCGGCCCUUCAACAUCGUGACAAGACUCUCUAACAGUGAGAGCCAUCUAGAGAGCCGACCCUUCAACAUCGUGACAAGACUCUCUAACAGUGAGAGCCAUACAGAGAGCCAUCUAGAGAGCCGGCCCUCCAACAUCGUGACAAGACUCUCUAACAGUGAGAGCCAUCUAGAGAGCCGGCCCUUCAACAUCGUGACCAGACUCUCUAACAGUGAGAGCCAUCUAGAGAGCCGACCCUUCAACAUCGUGACAAGACUCUCUAACAGUGAGAGCCAUCUAGAGAGCCGGCCCUUCAACAUCGUGACAAGACUCUCUAACAGUGAGAGCCAUCUAGAGAGCCGACCCUUCAACAUCGUGUCAAGACUCUCUAACAGUGAGAGCCAUCUAGAGAGCCAUCUAGAGAGCCGGCCCUUCAACAUCGUGACAAGACUCUCUAACAGUGAGAGCCAUCUAGAGAGCCGGCCCUUCAACAUCAUGACAAGACUCUCUAACAGUGAGAGCCAUCUAGAGAGCCGGCCCUUCAACAUCGUGACAAGACUCUCUAACAGUGAGAGCCAUCCAGAGAGCCAUCUAGAGAGCCGGCCCUUCAACAUCGUGACAAGACUCUCUAACAGUGAGAGCCAUCUAGAGAGCCGACCCUUCAACAUCGUGACAAGACUCUCUAACAGUGAGAGCCAUACAGAGAGCCAUCUAGAGAGCCGGCCCUUCAACAUCGUGACAAGACUCUCUAACAGUGAGAGCCAUCUAGAGAGCCGGCCCUUCAACAUCGUGACAAGACUCUCUAACAGUGAGAGCCAUCUAGAGAGCCGGCCCUUCAACAUCGUGACAAGACUCUCUAACAGUGAGAGCCAUCUAGAGAGCCAUCUAGAGAGCCGGCCCUUCAACAUCUUGACACGACUCUCUAACAGUGAGAGCUAUCGCGACAAGACUCUCUAA